UCGACGGAGGAGAGCUUAUGUGGACUGGAAAGAGAGUCCACGAACCUGGGUGUAAAAAGGCCGAGACGUGAUCGGCUCUUUCUCCGUUUAGUGGACACAGUUUGGUAGCAAAUACAACCCUCCCUCAACGGUCUUCCUCACAUCGCCUGGGCUUUCUCAACCGAACACCACCAUGGGAAAUGAAGCCAGCUACCCUCUGGAAAUGUGCACACAUUUCGACCCGGACGAGAUCAAGCGUCUGGGGAAGCGCUUCAAGAAGCUGGACCUUGACAACUCGGGCUCGCUCAGCGUGGAGGAGUUCAUGUCGCUGCCUGAGUUACAGCAAAACCCUCUCGUGCAGAGGGUCAUCGACAUAUUUGACACGGACGGCAACGGAGAAGUGGACUUUAAAGAGUUCAUUGAGGGAGUGUCACAGUUCAGCGUCAAAGGCGACAAGGAGCAGAAGCUUCGAUUUGCAUUCCGGAUCUACGACAUGGACAAGGAUGGCUACAUCUCCAACGGCGAACUGUUCCAGGUGCUCAAGAUGAUGGUGGGCAACAACCUGAAAGACACACAGCUGCAGCAGAUUGUGGACAAAACCAUCAUCAAUGCCGACAAGGACGGCGACGGCAGGAUAUCGUUCGAGGAGUUCUGCGCGGUGGUGGGCGGCCUGGACAUACACAAAAAGAUGGUGGUGGACGUGUGAGCGCACCCCCACGUCCCUUCUUGACCUCCCUCCAGCUCGCUUGAGUCUCCCCGCCCUCCUGAGUUCUCCUGGACGCUCGCUUCAUCCGCCUUGUCCAGCAAAAUCAAGAAAAAAAAACGCCUCAGUGUUACGCCAGCGGAACAUUUCCCUCUCGCUUUUCCACCACGAAGAGCCUCGUUCAAGUGUUAAGUGAACGGCGAAGGCUGCCUAUCCAGUCAAAAAAUUAAAAAUGACUGAGGAUGUGGAGGUGACUGAAAGGUGAAGGGAGGGAAUUCCACCUUUUUUAGAUAUUUGUUUUAGUUUUCUUCUUAUUUUUUUAUUUGUGAUAGAAGUAUGUGUUCAUUCAACCACGCUUGACUUUACAGUGCAACUCGCCGGUUGGGUAUGAAGUGCCAAGCAAGCAUAUCCACACACACACACAGGAGGUGAACAUCUGUCAGGUAACUUACAUUUUAGGACAUGUUUUUAAAUGGGCCUGAAACGACAGAACUAUUUCUCCAAAUAUUUCUGAGAAAAUAAACUGAAAGUGGACUGGCUGCUUUGAGCUUAAUACAAAAAACUGGAAUGUGCAUGACGUGGAAUUUGUUUUGUUUUUCUCGCAUGUCGUUGAACACGUUUGGAACGAAUCAUCUUGUUUACACACGGAUGUGAAUAGAUUAUUUAAUAAUAGAUGUACACAAAAUGGGUGUUGCCAAAUGGUUGGUCUCCACAUGAAGCCGACUGCAGUACAGCACGUCAUAUUAAUAACUGAGGUUUUUUAAAAAUGUUUUGUAUAUACAUAUUUGUUAAACACACUUUUGUCUCUGUAUAGUGGGACACCAUGCUUUGAUUGCAAGUGAUUCAUCUGAGUUCGUGUGCAGGGGAAGGGGGGCAUAUUAGUUAGAUAUGAUGAUAUACAGUAUUUAAGAUGUUUGUUCUUCCAUUUUUCUGCAUGCCGCAAUUUAUGCUAAGGGGCUGUUGAAAACUUGAUACAAUAUGAACACGAAAUACCAUUAAAAUAAACUGAACUGUUAAAA